GCCCUCAUCUGCAUUCUUUUCAUCGCCUGCGAAGGAACUGGAGCAAAGCGCAGCCGCUUGGAAUGUCCCUUUGGAGAGCUUUUGCGCCCUCCUCCUCCCUGUGGUUGAUCCGGGAUCCCGGAGAGUGGCUGCAGAAACCUCCUCCUCAAACCCACACCUCCCUGACCCCUCCCCUGCCACCGAGCCCUUAUACAGCACCCUCGACGCGAGCAGGCAGCUCCUAGCGCCGUUCCUCUGACCCGGAGAGAAGCCCUUUCUGCUCACCUGCCCGCCGGCACCGCAAAGCGCACCAUCACCAAGGAUGAAGGCUUCCUUCGCCGCGCUGCUGGCAGUUCUGCUCUGCGUGGAGAGAGUGGCAUCGCUGACCUGCUUCCAGUGUGAGAACGAGGAAAACAAUUGGAACUGCCUGAAGCCAAAGACCUGCGGCGACUCGGACAAGUACUGCGUCACCAAGUUUUUCGGUGGAGGCGUCGGUGACAACAAGAAGCAGUCCAUCAGCAAAUACUGCUCUCCCAUGUGCCCCCAAGGAGGAAUCGACCUCGGAGUCAUGGCCUUUUCCAUCAAAUGCUGCGAGUCCGAGCUGUGCAACUUAAGCGGGGCUUCCGGCGUGAAAAGCAGCUCCCUGAUCUUGGUUGCGGGCACCUUGGCCAGUCUUCUGUACAUCUUUGGAGCCAAGUUGUAGAUGCAGAAGGCGGGAAGGACUUCUCCUCCAGGGAGAAACCCAACCUUUUCCCCCACGUGCAAAACUGUGCUUUGUAAUGCAUGCCUGUUAACUUUAUUCUCUGCCCAGAGCCGUCUUUCCCAUUGGUGUUAGUGGUGCGUUGCGCCAGGGCGCCGGCCUCUCAAGGGCGCCCUUGAGAGUGGGGGAGCUGCGCGGCUUUGCAGGCAGCCUCCCUCCCAUAGCUGCAAAUGUUUUCCUUUUUUUAAAGGGAAAUUCUCUUAUUCCGAAUAGGAUUCCUCGCAAGAAAAGGGAAAAGUUGACAGCUAUGGCCUCCUCUUUCCCUGCGGGCACGCCAGCUGCGCCCCACCAACUAUAUGGCGGGUGGGCGGGGGGGCAGCUUCCCUCCCAAGCCUCUGCAUCUGUCGUGCUCCUCCUGCUUCUUGGCGCAAGGUGGCGCGCAGCCUUCCCAGGCUGCCUUCUCGGGCGCCGGAGAGCAUGUCCACCAGCACGUUUUCCCCACCACGCCGGGGAUCGGGGCAGUGGGGGAGGCAAAGGACAUUUUCCACCACCCCCUCCCUUGUUUUGGAGUUGCAGGGGCGUCGGAGGGAUCUUUGCACCACCAAUGCACCGGAUAUGCUUAAGACGGCCCUGUCUCUGUCCACACCGACUUGGAGCACUUUCUGAGUCAAGGAGCAUUCAUUCCACUGGCCCCACAUCUACGGCCUGCGCACAUAAUGGCCAGGGCAGGGAUUACUCAUGAGUAAGCCCCCUCUGGUCUCCCCAAGCUGGAAAGAUGAGCUGCAGCUCACUGAGGAACAUGGGUGGGUGGGUCAGUGGAGGCUUCCUCCUCACGAGUAGGCCUAUUGGGGGGGGGGGAGGCAACCUAGCCUCUCACUAGAAACCGGGGCAGCGAGUAAAUCAGCUGGUGGGCUUUACCUACAGGUUGGUUUACUCCAGAGUAAACACCCAUCGCAUGCCAAGCUUGCAAGGAUGAUACGCCACAUAAUUAUUAAUCUGUAUUUUUACUGUUGGGGACAGUUAGCGAAAAGUGGUCUAAAAAUCUAAUAAAUACGUUAACGUACACAUAUAGAUGGCA